GGUUCUGUUGUCGCUGCACCCCAGCUUGUUGGCUGCAAUGUCGGAGGUUCAGUUUAUCAAAACAUCAGUGUUACUAUCCCUUCACAUGGUGCUGAUGAAGAGCUGCCAAAAGUCAAGGACAAACACAAGUCCAACAUGAAGAAGAAGUUUGGGAGCAUCUUUGAGGGGCUUGGAAAACGGGGAAACCCAACAUUGCUUGACAAGGUCUACACAGAGCUCUACAUCACAGCUGGGGAGAGUGAAGGGGUUAAUAAGGAGCAUGAGGUAUGGCAGAUUGAAGAUACGGCUCAGACCAAAGCAUUUCAAGACAAUGCAAUCAACAGCAAUGACAUGUUUAGAUCUUUAGACCCUAAGACAGAGGAACAUAAUGACAAAUCCCAAUCCAAACAAGAGGUACCCAUCAGAACUGUGCUGACACAGGGCAUCGCUGGCAUCGGAAAAACAGUCUCAGUGCAGAAGUUCAUCCUUGACUGGGCAGAAGGAAUAGCCAAUCAGGAUGUAGAUUUUGUCUUCACACUUCCAUUUAGGGACUUGAAUUUGAUCAAAGAUGACUGCAAUCUCUUGGAACUCCUGAGUGACUUCCACCCUGAACUAACAGAUAUGAAGGAUGCGAAGAAGGUGGUUGACGGUAAAGUUGUGAUCAUCUUUGAUCGCCUCGAUGAAAGCCAACUUCCACUGUGUUUCCAUAACAACAAGAGGUUGUCUAAUGUAACCAAGACAACAUCAGUGGACGUGCUGCUGACAAACCUCAUCAAGGGGAAUCUGCUUCCUUCUGCUCUCCUCUGGAUAACCUCCCGACCAGCAGCAGUUGAUAAGAUACCCUCUGACUGUUUUGACCGUGUCACUGAAGUUCGAGGAUUCAACGACCCACAGAAAGAAGAAUACUUCAAGAAGAGAUUCAGUGAUGAUGAGAACCUGGCCAGCAAAAUCAUCUCCCACAUAAAGACAUCAAAAAUCCUCCACAUCAUGUGCCACAUACCGGUCUUCUGUUGGAUUACUGCCAAUGUUUUGGGGGAAAUGUUGAGCGAAAAUGACCAUGGAAAAGUCCCUCUGACUGAGAUUUACAUUCGCUUCCUACUCACUCUGACAAACAUGAAGAACAAGAAGUACCAUGGGGAAAACCAACCAGAUCCUCGUAAUCUGUCAGAGUCUGACAUACAGAUCAUUCUGAAACUUGGAAAACUAGCCUUCCAAAACCUGGAAAAGAGCAAUCGGGUGUUUUCUGAAGACUAUUUGAGAGAGUGUGGCAUUGAUGUCAACGAAGCCUUCUUGCUCUCAGGGAUGGGCACAGAGAUCUUCAGAGGAGAGGACCCUAUGUUUCAAGCAAAGAUGUACAGCUUUGUGCAUCUCACCAUUCAAGAGUUCCUUGCAGCACUCUAUGUUGCUUUCUCAUAUGCCAGUGAAAACGUCAACCCAUUUCGUUUAAGAGACUACCAAGAGCUACCAAGAACAAAUUACAGUGAUUCUGGAGACACAUAUUUUGGAGACAGGGAGGAUGACUACAGGGAGGAUGACUACAGGGAUGAUGACUACAGUGAUGAUGACUACAGUGAUGAGGGCUACAUGGAUGAUAGCUGGAGUGAGGACGAAGACUACAGGCCACAACACAGAGGUUCUCAGCAGCAGCAGAAAACAUUGCAUGACUUGCAGAGGAGUGCGGUGGAUGAAUCUUUGAACAGCGAGACCGGUCACUUAGACCUCUUCCUCCGCUUCCUUCUGGGCAUCUCACUGGAGUCCAAUCAGAUACUCUUGAAAAGCCUACAGCUCCAGACAGAGGGAGACACAGAGAGCAUCCAGAAGACCAUCCAGUACAUCAAAGAUAGACUUUCAGACAAAAAACAAAGACAAUAUCCUUCCCCAAAGAGGUACAACAAUCUCUUUCUCUGUUUGAAUGAGUUGAACGAUACCUCGUUUGUGAAUUAAAUUAAUGUCACGUCCUGACCCUGGUAAGAGGUCAUUUUCCUUAGUAGAGUGGUCAGGGCAUGACAGGUGGUUGUUUUGGGUGGUUUUGGGUUUUCUGUUUCUAUGUGGGGGAGGUUUUGGGUUUUCUGUUUCUCCAGGAGGAGGAGCGGGACUAACCAGGAUGGGGAAUAUCUGGAGUCAUGGGCCUGGGAGGAGAUCCUAGAUGGGGCAGGACCGUGGACAAGGCCGGGAGAGUAUCGCCGCCCGCCGGAGGAGAUAGAGGCAGCUAUGGUGGAACGGCGAUACUGGGAGGAGCGGCUAGGAAGGCAACAGGAGGCCAAGAGGCAGCGGCAAA